UACCACAAGGAUGCUUGCUCUUGUACUGAGUGUUUUUGCCCUGUUAUGGUGUUCAGUAUUGACCUACGCAAGUGAAACUGAAGAACUGUUUCUGCCAUCGUUGGAUGAAAAAUAUGAUAUUAUUCAAGCUGAACAUAAGGACUCACCGAUAUUAACCAAGUCAUCUUUUGGUAUCGUGGUGCACAGCUCAGAAUGCAUGAAUGGUAUCAUCAGUUUGAUGACCGUCGAUUUCGUGGAGAGGAUAGCAUUCCUCAAAAACUGACAGGAGGAAUUUGGGUGGUAUAGUGGUGAG